AUGAUAAGAUUUUUUUUAGUUGAUGAAUGGGUCCAUUAUAUUCGUGGCCUACUAAGUUUGGUAAUAUAUGGUGGACGUAUCGAUAAUAUUUAUGAUAGCAAUGUUCUUAAUGCUUAUUUAAAUAGUUUCUUCAAUGAAUCAGUGAUCCAAUCAUCCAAUUUUGAAUUAUGCAAUAUUUUAUCGUUUAAGAAAUCUUCACUUAAUCACUUAAAGGAUUAUAUAUCAAUGAUUGAAAAAAAUAUUCCGCAAGAAGAUAACCCAGUUCUGUUUGGAUUGCCAGCCAACAUAGUUUCUUCAUGGCAAAUGAUCCAAAGCGGAACGAUGAUAAGCCAAUUAAAGCAAAUGCAACUUGGAAGUGAUAGGCAACCUAAAUUUGAUAGAUUAGUAUUAUGUACUACUUUGUCGCCAAUAUUAUCCAUUUGGAAACGACUUAAUUCUCAAACGACAUUUCAUUCUAUGCAGAUCCCUGAAGUUAAGGAUUCUGAUGAUCCAAUUUUAGAAAUUCUUUCUGUUGAAUAUAUCUUUGCAAUUAACUUAGUGCAAAUUAUCCACAGUUCAUUAUCCAAUUUGAAUAAAUGUAUCAAAGGUACCCAACUUCCGACUAAAUCUGCUAUCGAAAUGUCGCAUUCAUUGCUAAUGCACCAGACCCCCGAGCAUUGGCAAAAUCAUUGGGAUGGACCUAAUGAUCCAGUACAAUAUUUAUCAACUGUGAUGAGUAAGGUAAAAGCAACCAAAGAAUUAGUUUCUACUGCAGCAAAUGGUCAUAUUUUUUCAAAUCCUAUUAAGUUAACAAAACUUUUUCGACCAGAAAAACUUAUCAAUGCCCUUCGGCAAUACAUAGCAAGAAAGAUGAAGGUAGGUAUGGAUUUCUUAAAAUUGGCAGCAGUUUGGAAAACAAUGAAGAAAGAAAAUAUGAACAGUGUCUUUCUUGAAAUAACUGGUAUUUAUAUACAAGGAGCACAUUUCGACAAUCGUUUAUGCGAAGUCUCAUCGUCAUCUCCACCAUUUUCAAUUAUUCCAAAUCUUCUUAUCACAUGGAUCCCCAGUGAAACAUCAAGUUACUACGAGAACUCUAAUUCAGUGUUCAUACCAAUGUAUACGACAUCAAAUCGAGAUGAUCUCAUAGCGGAAAUCCAGAUUCCUUGUGAAGGAGAUCCAAAAAAAUGGCAAAUCGCAUCAGUGGCCCUAUUUCUUGCCGUUUGUUAA